AUGAACUUCGUCGACGUGCAGCCAAAGUCAUUUCUCGACUACGCAUGGACAUCGCCAUCUCCGGCAGCAGUAACUGCGACGAGUAAACCAUCCAAGACGAGCCGGAAGCAGAACCGGUGUUGUGACCAAUGUCGGAAAGGAAAGCGAGCUUGUGACGCCGCUAUUCUAGAAGACACCUUACUGGAGACCAGCCGCACUGGUGCUAGCCCUACGGUAUUUCACUAUAGUGACGUCUAUGGGCCAUUAGCUUCGUGUGGAAACUGCGAGAAGACAAAGAAGACUUGCACGUUCGAAUGGUUGCGCUCUCAGCGUGUGUCACAAGCUUCGCAACCGCAGCCAACGAAUGCGCCAUCACCAAAACGACGUCGGACCAGAAGCGACUCAGGUAGUAGAACACAGAAACAAAAGGAAUCCCAUUCAUCUACAACCACUACGAGGCAAACAGAGCCCCGAAUACAAUUCCACGAACAACCUCUUCUCAACACCACACCGCCCGAACUAGGAUUCACCUUCGGCGACUUUCCCUGUGGAGCUUCCUCGUUUGCGAUCGACCCUACAUCGAGUUUCAUGGAGGAGCCAUUCCUGAAAGGAGAAAUGGACGACACGGAACCUCUCAUCGAUUAUGUAGGCGCGCUCUCCGAAGAAGACUACGUCAGCGACAAACCCGACGACAGCCCGAGAACAGACUACGAAGCCAACAGCACGACUGAUAUCAGGCCAAUCAGCACAAAUGAAUCACUUGUGCGUAUAGAUAGGAAAAGACGCCGGCGCAGCUCUUCAGCGUCUGCCUCAUACAGUGCGCCUCCCUACCCAGUUAUAUCAUAUGCCGACAACCUUCUCUUUUCCGGUAACAAUAUGCAACUGUCCGAAAAGCUGCUGAAGAUCUACCAUGAUAGCUUCGAAAACGCGCUCGCCUGUUGGGUCACAGAAAGGACGUGUCCAUACAGCGCGAGAACCAACAGUCUUCUCGCCACAAAUGCUAGGCCCGAUUGGAAAAGUAUCUACCACCGAGUAAUUCGUCUUGAUAGACUGGCGUCAACAAUCAGGGGGCGGAAACUCACACCAACUGAGGACCAGGCAGCAUCGAGAGCCUUGGACCUUGCUGUCCUCUCUUUUGCUUCACAGUGGGCCCAAUCUGGGCAAACAAGUCGGACAAGAUACCCAUUCCAUAGCACUGCAGUCAACGGUAACUGCGGUGUAUUCGAUGGUCAAGGGGAAGAUCAUGAGACAGUAGGCUUCGAUCGUACCCUUCAAACAACGGCAUGGCACGACGCCCGCAAUGCAUUACAGAAGGCUGGUGAGAUAGAGUCGUUCCGAGUGGUGCUUGCGCAGAUCAUAUUUGCAUUGACACAAAGGCCUAGUGAGACCAACGACGCGUCUACCAAAGGCCUGGACACUGUCAUGACGCAUGAAGUACUGAACUCGCAGAAUAGCACUGAGCAUAUCCAAGGCGCGCCGACUACCUCAGUAGACCCAGAUGUGGACGAGUGCUCAGAUUUGAUGUCAAAGUUAGAUCUCGCAAUUGACGCUGACGGCCCCCCUGUGCAUCUCGAAUCAGGCCUCCGGCUCAUACAUUCAUUAAGAUCACGCAUGGCUGUAUCAAGACAACAGCGGCGCUUCACGCCUGGACCGAGGCAAUUUGGGGAACAAAGACGAUCGCCAGCCAUGCGUCUUGAGGAAGCAGACCGCGCAACAGUCGACUUACUUUUCUGGCUUGGUGUCACGUUUGACACCUUGUCAGCAGCAAUGCACAAGCGGCCACUGGUAGUAUCCGAUGAAGAUAGUGACGUUGUGCUAAACGAGAGUAUGCAAUCGAAUGACUCGGCCUACCCAGAAACGAAACCGAACCCCAAGGCUGUGGGCGAUGGUCUUUGGGACGGAUACUUGUUUGCGCGUCAGCAACAUCCAGAACAUACACCGACCAGAUGGCCAUGUUCGUUCGAUCAAGCGGCAACUGCACUCUGCGAUGCUGCUCCAGUCAAAGUGUUGCUUUUCCGGAGAGUGUGCCGUAUCCAAACACUCUUGACUAGGAAUGCUCGAGGUGUAGCGGUCGAAGAAGCUGUCCAUGCAGCAUUAGAUGUAUGCAACCAUUGGAAUGCACUCUAUGCACCCUUCAUCAAAGACUGCAUUCAACACCAUGAUAGUCUUCCACCACGCGUCCAGUCGUGGUAUGUCUGCGUCGCUGGCCAUUGGCAUCUAGCAACUCUUCUUCUAGCGGACCUGAUGGAAGUUGUGGACGAAUCCGAACUAGGCCUCGAGGAGACAACAGAACACCGUAACCUGACUGGUUUUAUUGCCAGGUUUCGGGAGAACAAUUGUCGAAUCCUGUCAGACCUUGCGAGCUGCGCGUGUCCAAGUAGUGCCAUGUCUUUCCCAUCCUCUCGCGAAUUCCAUUUUACCAUCAACGAGGGCGCGUUGCUGACAGAUCCAUGGACUGCAGUAUUGAUUCGCGCCUUCGCAAAAGCAGGUGUCCUACUCCUGGAGUCUGAAACACUCUUGCCAUCUGACAUGGACCAAGAAGACGCUUUUAGAAGAGCAGAUGACUGUAUCAAAGCUUUGUGGUUCUUGGGAAGAAAAUCCGACAUGGCUCUUGCGGCUGCAAGAAUACUUGGAGAUGCGUUGAAGCAGCGGCGCAAAAGUGCGCAAGACCGGAUCAGUGACAUGAGUACUUUUCUCGAAAGCCAGCUAUGGCACGACCUUGACGGCUUGAAUGAGGCUUUCGAUGUAGAAUGUGACCCAUAG